CAGAUGUUAUUACUUUUAGAUGUUUAAACAAGAUAAGAAUAUCAUACAAUAGGCAUACAUGAUACGACAUAAGCCAAUUCUGUGCCGUGGAGUGUCAUUUACUUUGCAAUCAGCGUGGCAAAAGCACAAUGUCUGGUGCCUGCUGGGUCGGAGCGGCUUAUGGAUCCGUCCCAGAGGGGGCUGUUCAUGCAGGUUACGACAAAGACGGGGGUCGUCUCUUCGUUGGACGGACUUUCUAUGAGUCCGACAUUAUGCCAGCCAAAAUUGUUCCCAACCAAGGAACAGCUUACGUCUCCUACGACGGCCAAGAGCAUCCGGUUAUGCAUUAUGAGGUACUAUGCAACGUAGAGUCAAUAUGGCAGACCGCGAGAGACGGGGAUGUCCCGCCAAACGCCCUACCUGUCGGCGGCACCAAGGACGGAGAGCGACUGUACGUGGGCCGCGUUUUUCACGACGGCACACUCACCCCAGGAAAGGUGCAUCCAAGCCAUCGUGUCUGCUACAUCCCAUACGAUGGAUUGGAAAUACCGUUCAAAGAAUACGAAGUACUCGUAACGAAAUUAGUCACUCGCAAAGAGCAGAACUCUGACUCAGCCAUCAUUUCUGACAACGACACGAGCCAAUUCUGUACCGUCAAGCGUCUUUUACCUUGCACUCAUAGUGAGAAAAGCACAAUGUCUGGUGUCCGCUGGGUCGCAACGCAAAAUGGGUCCGUGCCAGAGGGGGCUGUUCAUGCAGGUUAUGACAAAGACGGGGGUCCUCUCUUCGUUGGACGGGCUUUAUAUAAGACCGAAAUUAUGCCGGUUCCCAACCAAGGAACAGCUUACGUCUCCUACGACGGCCAAGAGCAUCCGGUUAUGCAUUAUGAGGUACUAUGCAACGUAGAGUCAUUAUGGAAGACCGCGAGAGACGGGAGAGUCCCGCCAAACGCCCUACAUGUCGGCUGCACCAAGAUCGGAGAGCGACUGUACGUGGGCCGCGUUUCCCACGACGGCACACUCACCCCAGGAAAGGUGCAUCCAAGCCAUCGUGUCUGCUACAUCCCAUACGAUGGAUUGGAAAUACCAUUCAAAGAAUACGAAGUACUCGUUACGAAAUAACUGCUCAUUACGAAUAAAUUGGAAAUAUAUUUGA